AUGUGGCUUCGCCACAAGCCAGAUCUUGUGCAGAAUCAUGCGCCGGAUGACUUGAAGCAAGCGCAAGUGCGCCGGCAACGAGGGUGGACGGAGGACGACGUCCCCAUCUUCUUACGCCUGAAUCCUAUGGUGACUACAUUCCAAUGGACGAAGAUACUUGCCCAGGCCGCUGCGGAUAGAGAGGCUGGUGACGAUUCGUCGGUGGCCAAUGCGCUUCUACCCGGAGAAGAGAUUCCAGGAACACCCGGCUUCCGUGGCUUCCAGUUUCAAUACCGCGCCGAGGAGGUAGCGGUACAGAUCAAGAGGGUGUGGAGGGAUGAUCCCGAGCGCUACCCUGCCCCAUGA